UUGACCAAAUAUAUAUAGAGCGACUUCUGACUCGUGAGCCUGAACUCUUGAAUCUCGAUUUCUCCGUUACGCCAUCUGAAUUUCCAAAUCGACUAAGGAAUCCCAAUCGGAAGUAGAGAAGGAAUGGCGGGUGGUGGAGCUCCCCCGAGAGGAAGUGCGGCUGCAGCUGCAAGCAUGAGGAGGAGGAGGACGACGAGCGGCAGCGGGGCUGGAGCUGGUGGAGGUGCAGCUGGAACGAUGCUUCAGUUCUACACUGACGAUGCACCCGGCCUUAAGAUCUCCCCUAACGUCGUCCUCGUCAUGAGUAUCGGUUUCAUCGCUUUCGUGGCCGUUCUCCAUGUCAUGGGCAAGCUCUACUUUGUCAAGAGAGAGGGUUGAAAUCGAAACAGGGUAGACUAGAGAGAGGUUUUGUCAUGGCACAAUGGCAAUUUCUUGAUGACUGAUGAUGUUUAUCCUCUCCUCUUUAUACAACUUUCUUCUUUCCUUUUCCCCCCUUCUCUUCACUUCUUCACUGCAGCCACAGUUUUGUGUU